AUGCUGUCGAUCACCGGAGGUCGGCGCGGGGGCCUCUUCUCGGUGCACCGGGGCGCGCUCUGGUGGCUCCGCCGUUGCCACAUCCCGCUCUUCUCGUCACUAGCCGGCGGCGGAGCCCGGGGCGACGCGCCGCAUCUGCCCGUACUCAUCGUCGGAGCUGGUCCCGUUGGGCUCGUCCUCUCCUUCCUCCUCACCAAAUUCGGGAUCAAAUGCGCGGUGAUAGAGAAGAAUGUGGAGUUUACUAGGCACCCACGAGCGCACUUCAUCAACAACCGCACAAUGGAGAUCUUCCGCAAGUUGGAUGGUUUAGCCGGGGACAUUGAGAGGUCCCAGCCACCAGUAGAUUUGUGGAGGAAGUUCGUCUACUGUACUUCACUCUCCGGUUCCGUCCUUGGAUCGGUUGAUCACAUGAAACAGGAAGAUUUUGACAAGGUCAUUAGUCCUAUAUCCGUUGCACAUUUCUCGCAGUACAAGUUAGUCGAGUUGCUACUCAAGAAGCUUGAAGGAAUUGGUUUCCGGACAUGCUUUCCUGGUGAUAUUGGUAACUCAACGCAAGAUCUGGUACUGGAAAGCAAGAUACUGAUGGGACACGAGUGCACAUCCCUUCAGCAGACUGAUGAGGGCAUUCUGGUUGGAGUGUCAGCUAACAAUGUGGGGAGGAUAAUAGAGAGAAAGCUACACUGUGGUCUUCUUCUAGGGACAGAUGGCGCAAGAAGUACAGUGCGUGAAUUGGCAGGUAUAUCUAUGGAAGGUGAAAGGGACUUGCAGAAACUGGUCAGUGUGCAUUUUCUUAGCAGAGAUCUAGGCAGGUAUUUGUCCAGUCAGAGGCCAGGGAUGCUGUUCUUCAUUUUUAAUCCAGGCGCAAUUGGUGUACUAGUUGCACAUGACCUGGAGAAUGGGGAAUUUGUAUUGCAGGUUCCAUUUUAUCCUCCUCAGCAGAUGUUUGAAGAUUUCAGCGCUAAGGUAUGUGAGCAAAUUAUUGUCAAAUUAGUUGGAUGGGAGCCAGCAGAUGUUCAUGUUUUAGACAUAAAACCAUGGGCAAUGCAUGCUGAAGUUGCAGAGAAGUACAUCUGCUGCAACAAUCGAGUAAUCCUUUCUGGUGAUGCUGCUCACCGUUUUCCUCCUGCCGGUGGUUUUGGAAUGAACACUGGUGUCCAGGAUGCACAUAAUUUGGCGUGGAAAUUGGGCUUGCUGCUGAAUGGUGUCGCCUCACCAUCAAUAUUACAAAGUUAUGAGUCAGAGCGCCGGCCUGUUGCAAUUUUCAAUACAAAACUUAGCGUGGAGAACUUCAAGGCAGCUAUGUCUAUUCCUGCGACCCUUGGCCUUGGUCCAACUAUUGCAAACUCAGUGCAUCAAGUUAUAAAUAGAAGCCUCGGAUCAAUCAUUCCGAGAAAUGUACAGAAGGCAGUUCUGGAAGGAUUGUUUUCCCUUGGUCGGGCACAAGUCUCAGACUAUAUCCUGAAUGAGAAAAAUCCCCUUGGGUCCUUGAGACUAUCAAGAUUGAGAAGUAUUCUUGAUGAAGGCAAAAGUCUUCAGCUGCAGUUCCCUGCAGAGGAUCUUGGCUUCUACUAUGAAGAAGGUGCCCUUGUUCCUGAAGCUAGUUGUGAGAAGACUCAGGAAGGAGGAAAACUACAGCAUUCUAAGAGGGCAUCAAGGGAGUACAUCCCAUCUGCUAAGGUUGGUUCACGGCUUCCCCACAUGCUAGUAAGAGGACUGCCUGCUUCAAGUGAGGGUGUGUUCUCAACACUGGACCUGGUGAGUGGGGAUAAACUCGAGUUUGUUCUCAUCAUUGCACCAGUGAAAGAGUCAUACGAGAUUGCCCGUGCCACCCUCAUGGUAGUAGACGAGCUUAAGCUAUCAGCCAAAAUAUGCAUAAUGUGGCCAAGAGGUUCGACUGAUGCUGAAGUGGAAGAGAGCAGAUCUGAGUUGUCACCCUGGACAAACCAUAUCGAUGUUGAGGAAGUACCUAGGGUGUCUGGUAGUUCAUGGUGGGAGAUGUGUCGGAUUAGUAGGAAAAAUGUCCUUUUGGUUAGGCCUGAUGAGCACAUAGCAUGGCGAACAGAAUCGGACAGGGUGAGGGACGCUGAAUCAGAAAUUAGGAUAGUCUUCUCUCAUAUUUUGUGCCUAAAUAGCCACCAGGUGUAA